AUAACAGCUGCACAAGGACGAAGUUAUUGUUUUUCUCGUCUCGUAAGCGCGAUGGGUCGUACGAGCCAGUUACCAGACAACUUACCCCAGCUGCAGAACUUAAUAAAACGAGAUCCGGAGUCGUACAGAGCAGAGUUUGAGCAACAAUAUCGGCGUUAUGAAUCCAAUCUUCAAGUUUUUCUUCUCCAACCUUCAGAGGAUGCGAAAAGUCUCUCAGAACUCACCAUGUUUAUUGGACAGGUUGCACAUUGUUACCCAGAUGUAGUUGGAGAAUUUCCUGAACAACUAAGAGAGAUUUUGAAACGUCAUGCAAGUGCUCUUCAUCCAGAAAUAAGAAUGAUGUUUUGUCGAGCCCUUAUGUUGUUAAGGAACAAGAAACUCAUUUCUCCCGCAUCUUUGUUCGAACUCUUCUUUGAGUUGUUUCGAUGUUCAGACAAACUACUAAGGAAGACGUUGUAUAACUUUAUCAUACAAGACAUUAAGAACCUGAACAUUGGACAUAAAGACAAUAAACUGAAUAAGACCCUUCAAAACUUCAUGUACACAAUGUUGUCUGAUAGCAACUCAAUGGCAGCUAAGAUGUCGUUGAAUGCGAUGGCAGAGUUGUAUAAUAGGAAGGUUUGGAAUGAUGCGAAAACUGUUAAUGUCAUCAGCACUGCAUGUUUCUCCAAGUUUACCAAGGUAUUAUCGGCUAGUUUGCGUUUUUUCCUCGGCCAAGACAAACAGGUUGCAGAUUCUGAUUCAGAAGCAGAGGAAGAAGGACCAAGUGCUAGGGAUAUUAUUUUAAGGUUCGCAACAAAAAAGAAAUCAACUCGUGCGAAAGCAAAACGUGACAAAGCAUUGAAAGUGUUAAAUAAACACAAAAGAAAAAUGAAAAAACAAAACACAGAUUUCUCUGCGAUUCACCUCUUGCAUGAUCCACAAGGGUUUGUUGAGAGACUUUUCAAACAACUUCAAAAAACGAACGAAAGUUUUGAGAUUCGUUUACUUUACAUUGUUGUUAUUUCAAGAAUUGUUGGCGUGCAUCAACUAUUUUUAUUUAAUUUCUAUCCUUUUAUACAACGUUUCUUGCAACCCCAUCAAAGAGAUGUCACGAAACUUUUGUUGGCUGUAGCGCAAGCAAGCCACGAACUUGUUCCUCCGGAAAUAAUAAGAACCAUCAUAAUGACUAUCGCAAAUAACUUUGUCAGUGAAAGGAAUUCAAGUGAAGUCAUGGGAGUUGGAUUAAACGCUGUCCGGGAAAUUUGUGCUCGAUGCCCGUUAGCCAUGACGGAAGACCUUCUGCGUGACUUAACGCAAUAUAAAACCCGUCACGAUAAAGCUGUCACUUCAGCUGCUCGAUCAUUAAUUCAACUUUACAGAAGAAUUAAUCCAACUAUGCUGUUUAAGAAAGAUAGGGGCAAACCUACAGAAGCCAGUACUGAACUACAAACUACUGAAUACGGAAAACUUGUAGUAAAGGAUUAUAUACCUGGAGCUGAAGCUUUGCCAGAAACCCCAGAAGUUGAUGAAGACAACACUGUCCAAGAUGGUUGGGAAUCUUGUUCUAAUGCAAGCGACAAUGAUGGAAGUUGGAAGAAUGUUUCUUCCGAUGAAGAAGAGAUUCAGCCAGCAGCGGAAGAUGAAACAGCAGGAAUGGAUCCUGAAGAAAAAAUACAAAAAGCGCAAAUUGUGAGCCAGAUGAGACUUCUUACUCAAGAAGAGUUUCAAAGAGUACGAGCACAACAAGCAUCCAAGGAAGUUCUUCCUGCUGCACGGAAGAGGAAAGUGGUGUCACUGGAUUCAAAAGAAGAAAGUGCUGAAUUGGUUGCAUUAAACGACAUUGAACUUGUCCAUAAAAAGCGACCACAUGACCGGGAAAGUAGAUUGGCCACUGUACUACGUGGGCGAGAGGACCGGGAAAAGUUCGGACGAAAAAAGGCGAAAAUGGACCCGUUUGCUAGUACCACGAAUAAGGAAAAACGUAAAAAGAAGCCUUUUAUGAUGGUUCGGGAAAAAAUGAAGAAAAAGAAGUCCGGAAGAUCUUUCCGAGAGAAGCAAAUGGCUCUUCGCGCUGCACUUGUGAAACGAGCGAAGCGUUAUAAGUGAUGUCAUCGGCCUAUUGGUGCCGCGGGCCAUUCCUCUGGUCGCCGUCACCGCCGGUUUUACACGCCCAUACUGGCCUACAGUACGGUUGACCAGUUCCGGCGUUCACUUUUAUUUUUGGGUGUUUCGGGUUCCGAUAGUCAAGAGAAAGUAAAACCUAACGCCCGCUUCAUAGGCAUAUAA